AUGGGGCUGAUAAAGGCCUUCACAAUCCUCCUCUGCUCGUGGUUUUUGCUGGCUUCGGCAGAAAGAUCUACUUACAUUGUCCAUAUGGACAAAUCUUUGAUGCCUAAGGCUUUUUCCAGUCACCAUUAUUGGUACUCUUCCACUCUUCAAUCCAUCGAAUCAGUUGGAUUCACCUCAUUGGAUGGUCAAAAUCAUUCACCAAAGCUUGUAUAUACAUAUGACCACGCCUUUCAUGGAUUCAGUGCUGUACUGUCAACAGAUGAUUUGGAAGCUUUGAAGAAGUCCCCAGGGUUCCUAUCAGCAUAUCCAGAUGGUAUUGUCAUGCCCGACACCACCCAUACUUACAAGUUUCUUUCUCUGAAUACUGCCACGGGCAUAUGGCCAGCAUCUGAGUUUGGUAAAGAUGUGAUUAUUGGUAUUAUUGACAGCGGAGUGUGGCCAGAAAGUCCGAGCUUUAAAGAUGAUGGAAUGACAGAAAUUCCGGCGAGGUGGAAGGGAUUUUGCCAGGCAGGUGAAGAGUUCAAUUCUUCAUUGUGUAACAAGAAACUCAUUGGAGCAAGAUACUUCAAUCAGGCAGUUCGGGAAGUAAAUCCCGGAGUUACAAUAACGAUGAAUUCUGCAAGGGAUGAUUAUGGUCAUGGCACCCACGUGGCAUCCACCGCCGCUGGAAACUAUGUGGAUGGUGUUUCAUUCUUCGGCUAUGCUUCAGGAACAGCAAGAGGAGUGGCUCCACGUGCUAGGCUUGCUGCAUAUAAAGUCCUCUGGAAUGAAGGAAGCUAUGAAUCUGAUGCUAUCGCAGGAAUUGACCAGGCCGUGGCUGAUGGAGUUGAUAUACUGUCAAUUUCUCUGAGUUACGGUAGAACUAAUUUGUAUGAGGAUCCUAUUGCCAUAGCUGCCUUCGGUGCCACAGAGAAGGGAAUCUUUGUUUCUACUUCAGCAGGAAAUCGCGGACCAGAUUUCGGAACUUUGAUAAAAGGAAUCCCCUGGGCAGUAUUAGUGGCUUCGGGAACUGUUGAUCGUUGGUUUGCCGGGAUAUUAACUCUAGGGAAUGGUUUGUCCAUCACCGGAUGGAGCUUGUUUCCUGCUAGAGCCACAGUCAGAAACUUGACUCUCACUUACAAUGAGACCUUAUCUGCCUGCAAUUCAACUGAAUUAUUGUCUGAAGCCCCUGAAGGUGGUAUCAUCAUAUGUACCCAAUCUGAUGAAACAACGGACUUCUUUUUCCUAUGGCGGUAUCUGUCGGAGUCCAAUGUUCGUGCAGCCAUAAUCAUUUCCGAAGAUACUAGUAUACUUAGAUCAAAUACUUUUCCCUACCCAGGAGUGGUAAUCACCCCAAAAGAUGCGAAAGAUGUGAUCGAUUAUGCAUCUAACAAUGCUGCCCCAAAAGCAAGCAUCGAAUUCCAACAAACAAUCUUGGGAACAGAGCCCAGACCUGCUCCAGCUGUAUCGGGAUCCUCAUCUAGAGGUCCUGGACGAAGCUACCCAGGCAUCCUGAAGCCCGAUAUAAUGGCACCAGGAGUGUUAAUCUUAGCAGCCUACUAUCCUUAUACUAAUGUGGCGAGAAUUGGUAACAACAUAUUCUUGUCCAGUGACUACACACUCUUGUCAGGUACAUCAAUGGCUUGUCCUCAUAUAUCUGGAAUUGCUGCACUCUUGAAAGCUGCGCAUCCCGAUUGGAGUCCUGCAGCUAUUCGAUCCGCCAUGAUGACAACCGCAAAUCAACUUGAUAACACUCAGAAACCCAUCAAGGACAUGGGAAACAAUUAUGAAGUUGCUACACCACUCGACAUGGGGGCAGGACAAGUUGAUCCAAAUCGUGCCCUUGAUCCAGGUCUUAUUUAUGAUGCCACCCUGCUUGACUAUGUAAACCUUGUCUGUUCUAUGAAUUUUACUCGUGAACAAACUCAAUCAAUCUUAAGAUCAAGCUACAAUUGCUCAAAUCCAUCUUCUGACCUGAAUUACCCAUCAUUCAUUGCUCUAUACGAUGUUCAAGAAAAUAGAACUAUAUUGACUCAGAAAUUCCAGAGGACUGUUACAAAUGUAGGGAAUGGUGCAGCAACAUAUAAACUUAAAGUUAAACAGCCAAAGGAAUCUACAAUCACAGUAUUCCCGAAAACGUUGGUCUUCCAAAAGAAGUAUGAGAAGCAGAGCUAUUCUUUGACCAUCCGUUAUCGGAGUUAUAGUGAGACUGCUAUUAAUCAUGGUUCACUCACUUGGGUUGAGGAAAAUGGCAAGCACACAGUCAGGAGUCCCAUUGUGGUCACUCAACGGGUCUAUAAUGACUAG